CUUCGGCACUCUGCCUGAAAUAGAACGCUGGAACAGUCAUGUGUGGCUCCACCCUCUGCUAUCAAGAGGGCAUUCACCCGCUACACCAGCCCUUCAACUACACCAGCAGUCCAUUCGUUGCGAGUCUGUCGUUAAGAGAACGGUAAACGAUGCCGCCGAACUUGCUGGCUGAGUUGUAUGCUGCCUUCCCUACCGGCUCGACAUUCUUGACGCCAACGACCUUCCUCACAUUCGACCACCGCUCCGAAUACGCAAAUGCCGAGACUGAUGGCUACACAGAUGAAGAGAAAUCCUUCAAGGAAUGGGGAAUAGGUUUAUUGUCGAGCCGAGUCUUCGAACAUGCGUGGAAGAGGUCUGAAGACCAGGUUAUCGCGUCGUCCGGACGUGCGUAUGGCAUGGCGUGAGAAAUUGACGAUCUGUUUUGGGAUUGCGUUGCUCUGUGGUGCGGUGAUUUUCUACAUUAUCUUCCUCGGGAAGCUCCUCUGUCCGGAGUUUGACAAAGUCUGGGAUGCGAAGGAGGUCGCGCAGCAUACCAAUGACGAUAACUUCUGGGUGAGUAUUAGGGGUGGGGUGUAUGAUAUAUCCAAGUUCUGGAAAUUGCAGCAUUCUGAUAGCACUACGACGACGGGGGCUGCGAAUAUGAAGCAAUUCGCGGGGCUGGAUUUGACAGAGUACUUUCCGCCGCCGUUGACGGCUGCGUGUCCGGGAUUGGUCACGGAAGAGACGGUCUGGUUGUAUCCAAACCUGACGAUUGCGUCCGUGUCGACAGCUAUGCACUAUUCCGGUCCCAUCAAGGAGGGCAAUCCUACGACGAAGUUGUACGAUAUCAAUUGGUAUCAGAACACCUUCGCCCCAAAGAUCAAAACGUUCUGGAAGGGUGAUUUGGUGAUUAGUGUGGAUGAUAUCGAUAAUAUGGGCAGUAACGAGCAGGAGAAUAUUGCGAUUAUUGAUGGGAGGGUGUAUGACCUUACCCAGUAUUUUGCCACGAAGGAGAUCAUGCAAGGGGAUCCCACUUAUUCCUUCUUUGACCCGACGGUGGAGAGUAUGUUUGUCGGGAGUGCUGGUCAGGAUAUCUCCAGUCAGUUCUGGAAGUCACCGGCAAUUAAUGAGACGACGCGGGCUGCUACGUAUCAGUGUUUACAGAACGCGUUCUAUGUCGGCCGAGUCGACUUCAGGAAGUCUGCCAGGUGUCAGGUGAAUAACUACAUCUUGCUCGGAUUCACCUGCAUUCUUUGUUCCGUCAUCUUGAUCAAGUUCUUGAGUGCCUUGCAAUUCGGAUCGAAGAGGAGGCCGGCGAGGCAGAAUAAGUUUGUGAUUUUGCAGGUACCGGCGUAUACUGAGGGUGAGGAUUCCCUGCGCAAAGCAAUUGAUUCGUUGGCGGAUUUGGAGUAUGAUGAUAUGCGGAAGUUGAUGUUUAUCAUUGUUGACGGAAUCGUUACGGGAGGCGGGAAUGAGAAGUCGACGUCGCAGAUCAUUCUUGAUAUCCUUGGUGUCGACACGACCAAAAAUGAGCCGCCCCUUCUUCCGAUGAAGUCGGUUGGAGAGGGAUCGAAGCAGAUGAACUAUGGACGGGUCUAUGCGGGAUUGUAUGAGUUUGAUGGCCACGUUGUCCCGUAUUGCGUAAUCGUCAAAUGUGGCAAACCCUCAGAAAGGUCAAAGCCGGGUAACCGCGGUAAGCGUGACUCUCAGGUCUUGCUGAUGCAGUUCUUGAACCGCGUGCACUUCAAUAAGCCAUUGAACCCGCUGGAGUUGGAGAUUUACCAUCAGAUCACGAACUUGAUUGGUGUUGAGCCUCAUGUGUAUGAGUACAUGCUCAUGGUGGAUGCCGAUACCCAGGUUCGUUCGGACAGUUUGAACAGGCUCGUGGCAUGUUGUGCGAACGACUCGAAGAUCAUCGGUAUUUGUGGUGAGACGAGCAUUGAGAAUGAAGAGGGAUCGUGGUGGACGAUGAUCCAGGUGUUCGAGUACUACAUCUCGCAUCACUUGUCUAAGGCCUUCGAGUCGCUCUUUGGCUCUGUUACUUGUUUGCCGGGGUGUUUCACCAUGUACCGUCUUCGUACCGUCGAUAAGCACAAGCCUCUCAUUAUUUCGGAUAAGGUGAUCAGGGAGUACUCUGAUAACCAUGUCGACACGCUGCACAAGAAGAACUUGCUUUCGCUUGGUGAGGAUCGGUACUUGACGACGUUGCUGACCAAGCAUUUUCCGAUGUACAAGAUGACGUUCACUCCCGACGCAUUCGCUGUCACCACGUGUCCGGAGGACUUCUCUGUGCUUCUGUCCCAGCGUCGUCGUUGGAUCAAUUCUACAGUGCACAACUUGGCUGAGCUCAUGUUCUUGCCGAACCUGUGUGGGUUCUGUUGUUUCAGCAUGCGCUUCGUUGUUAUUAUCGACCUCUUCGGUACCAUCAUCCUUCCGGCGACUUUUGCGUACAUCGUUUACCUCAUCUACGUCGUGUCUUCUGGCGCAGGUGCAUUCCCGUUGAUCUCCAUCAUCAUGAUCGCGGCCGUGUAUGGCUUGCAAGCGAUUGUGUUUAUCGUCAAGCGUCAAUGGCAGCAUAUUGGCUGGAUGAUCACGUAUAUCCUGGCAUACCCAGUUUACUCUUUCCUGCUCCCCGUGUAUGCCUUCUGGCAGAUGGACAACUUCUCCUGGGGUUCGACCCGCAUUGUCAUUGAUGAGCGCACUGGCAAGAAGCAGGUCGUCGUCGACGUGGAGGAUGAGGAAGGAUUCGACGAGUCCAUGGUACCGUUGGAGACCUGGAAGGAUCACGCUGAGUUAAAUGGUUUUGCGGUGCACGGGAAAGGGGCGGAGUUCAACGAGGUGCAAUAUGAGCUUGACAGGUGGUUUUACGCUCCGGAGACACUGGGGGAGGUGGGAUAUGCCGCUAAGGGCCAUUUAUCUUCUACAGAGAGUGAGAGUUGGGGGUAUUGAAAAAGAUUAAUCAAGUGACCUUAAAUUGAUAAUUUGCGUUCGUUGUUAUAUUCCUUAUUGCAUAUCAAAAUCACCUGUAAGUGGAGAAGUCUGAAAUACGUUUACUCCCACGCCCACUAGUUCUGCACCUUAUCCUUUCAUUCCCCAGCUGCAGAGCACCAGCUAAUUGGCACAUUGCCAUUAGACCUUCCCGUAUACAUGAUCAAAAUGAUCAGAGCGAGAUACGCGAGGUAUGUCAUUCAUAUACCCCUUCUGUUUGGUGGCCUUGAUUGCAAUGACAUCGCCGUUAUCAUUACGACUGAUUGUGGCUUCGCCGAGGUUCAUGUUCAAGGUGCGCAACUUCCUCAUACUUUGUCCGUAGAG